AUGAGCGCAAAUCCCGAACCCACUGACCCCAAAGAGAUCUCUUCCUCACAUCCAACCGAUGCUCAUGGUGAGACGGGCGAACGCAGACAAACUCAUCAUGACAUCCCCGACCAUGGCCACAACCCUUCCAUGCAGACUGGAGUUGAUCCAAACCCUGACCUGACUCUGCAUUACUCGCAUGAGCACCAGCACCAGCAUCUGCAUCACAGCCGCGCCUCGCUUGCUGGCCGCCGUGAUGAGGUUCUGUAUGCUGAAGGCACCACCUUUGACAAGUCCAAUAUUCAAGACCAAGCGCCCCAAGACUACGUCAAACAUCAGCUGCGAUCAUCGGUUGGUGAUGCGAAGGACUUCACCGUCAUGGAUGCUGAGAAGGGAGUGACGGGCCCGACCCCAACGGAGACCAUGGUUAGCUCAGACGAUGACGGAAGAAAACACCACUUCUCGAGGCAUUAUACCAAAUACAAGAUCUUCAUCCACCUCUUCAUCUGGUUGCUAUUCACAGGAUGGUGGAUUGCGGGUCUGAUCCUCCACCGCUAUGACCUGGGAUGGCUUAUUCCUUUCCUCCUCUACCUCGCUAUCACCCUCCGAAUUAUCUUUUUCUGGGUGCCCAUCACCAUCAUCACCAAGCCAAUGCACUACGUCUGGAACAUGACGGGCGUACGAGUUUAUCAAACCAUUCCCGAGAAAUUUCGCAUCCCUCUUGCCGCUCUCGUGGCCAUUGCCGUCAUCUUGGUCGGAUCCUUUGUCUCUGAAGAAUCUGCCGACAACACUCGUGGCAACCGUGCCAUUUCUCUCCUCGGCUUGGCCGUGAUGCUGGCCCUCCUAUGGGCCACUUCCCGGAACCGCCGCAAGAUUCGAUGGCACACGGUCAUCGGUGGCAUGUUGACUCAAUUUGUCAUCGCCGUUUUCGUGCUCCGUACUCAGGCCGGAUACGACAUUUUCAACUUCAUCUCUACUCUGGCUCGAGCUUUGCUUGGUUUUGCCGAUGAAGGUACCGAGUUUUUGACCGCUUCAUCAGUUCUUGACCUUCAUUGGUUUUUGACUGGUGUGGUACCUCCCAUCAUCUUCUUCGUGGCACUCGUCCAAGUCUUGUAUUACUUUGGAAUUCUCCAAUGGUUCAUUGGCAAAUUCGCCGUCUUCUUCUUCUGGAGCUUGCGUGUUUCUGGUGCGGAAGCCGUUGUAGCGGCUGCUUCCCCUUUCAUCGGCCAGGGUGAAUCUGCCAUGUUGGUUCGACCUUUCGUUCCUCACCUGACCCUCGCCGAAAUCCACCAAGUCAUGACGUCUGGAUUCGCCACCAUUGCUGGAUCGGUCUUGGUGGCAUACAUCGGUCUGGGUCUCAACCCCCAGGCCCUUGUGUCUUCGUGCAUCAUGUCUAUCCCCGCCUCACUGGCCGUCUCGAAGAUGAGAUAUCCUGAAACCGAAGAGACCAUCACCUCCGGACGUGUCGUGAUUCCCGAUGAUGACGAACAUCGUGCCACCAAUGCUCUUCAUGCAUUCGCCAAUGGUGCUUGGCUCGGUAUCAAGAUCGCCGGGAUGAUUGUGGCCACCUUGCUUUGCAUUAUCGCGUUGAUCGGCUUGAUCAACGGUCUUCUCGGAUGGUGGGGAAGAUAUAUCGACAUCACCCAAGAUGGUGAACCAUAUCUCACCCUCGAACUCAUCCUCGGCUAUAUCUGUUAUCCCGUGGCCUUCCUUCUCGGAGUUCCCAGAGAUGAUUUGCUGGAAGUCGGCCAGCUCAUUGGCGUCAAGGUCAUUGCCAAUGAAUUCGUUGCGUACAACUCCCUCACCAGUGAACCACAAUACAUCAACAUGAGCCCCAGAUCUAAGUUGAUUGCCACUUAUGCCCUCUGCGGCUUCGGCAACUUUGGCUCCCUGGGUACUCAAAUCGGUGUUUUGUCUCAAAUUGCACCAUCUCGAUCAGGCGACGUCUCUCGUGUUGCUCUCUCCGCCUUGUUCUCCGGUGUGCUUUCCACGCUCACCUCGGCUUCCAUUGCCGGCAUGUUGGUUACGGAUCAAGUUACCCUGUCGCAGGAGUCUGCGUCGUAG